AUGUGUGAUUCCGGAGAUUCCGAUGACUUUGAAUGCAGCAGUGGUAGCGGCUUCGGCUUCGGCUUCGACUCGCUGCGCUCAGUCUUCCUCGUUGUGUGCACUGUGCAUCGAUGAAGUUGUUUCAAAGAUGGCGGAUUUCCUGCCGUCCCGCUCUCUUCUAUCUGUCUGUUUCCCCAACUGUCUCCUUACUAGCGGCGAGGCAGAGCAGUUGCGGAAAUCUAAAGAGAUAGAUAAGUGUCUCAUUCGAGAUAAAACGUACGUUAAGAGGCUAGUUAAAAUCCUAUUACUCGGAGCAGGCGAGAGUGGCAAGUCUACUUUCCUUAAGCAGAUGCGCAUUAUCCAUGGGCAGGACUUCGAUCAGAGGGCCAAAGAAGAAUUCAGAGCCACUAUUUAUAGCAAUGUUAUUAAAGGUAUACGAGUCUUAGUGGAUGCUCGAGAAAAACUUCAUAUCCCAUGGGGUAACCUGUCCAAUCAGCGUCAUGGAGAUAUGUUGAUGGCGUUUGACACCCGGUCUAUGAUGGCUCACGGCCAUGGUAUGGUGCAGCCCAAGGUUUUUCAGCACUACCUGCCAUCCAUCCGUGCCCUGUGGAUUGACCAGGGAAUCCAGAAUGCCUAUGACCGUCGCAGAGAAUUCCAAUUGGGAGAAUCUGUCAGGUAUUUCUUGGACAAUUUGGAAAAGCUGGGACAGUCGGACUACCUCCCCAGCCAACAGGACAUCCUCUUGGCCCGAAAGCCUACCAAGGGCAUCCAUGAGUACGACUUUGAAAUAAAAAACGUGCCUUUCAAAAUGGUGGAUGUAGGUGGUCAGCGUUCAGAGAGGCGCCGUUGGUUUGAAUGCUUCGACUCAGUCACCUCCAUUCUUUUCCUUGUCUCCUCCUCUGAAUAUGACCAGGUUUUGAUGGAAGACAGACAAACCAAUCGAUUGAGCGAGUCCCUCAACAUCUUCGAGACCAUUGUCAACAACCGAGUAUUCAACAACGUUUCCAUCAUCUUGUUUUUGAACAAGACGGACCUGCUGGAGGAAAAAGUCAAGCAAGUGUCCAUUAAAGACUACUUUCCUGAGUUUUCCGGAGACCCCAAAAGCCUGGCGGAUGUCCAGGCCUUCUUGGUGGAGUGUUUUCGCAAAAAGCGGCGAGAGCAGCAGCAGAAGCCGUUGUACCACCAUUUCACGACGGCCAUCAACACCGAGAACAUCCGCCUGGUGUUCCGCGAUGUUAAGGACACCAUCCUGCACGACAACCUCAAGCAGCUGAUGCUGCAGUGAGUGAGUGAGAUGACAAAGCGGGCAGAGGAGGAGCAGCAGAGAUGGGUGCACAGAGACAGAUGAGGGUUUUCAGAGCCCCAGCAGCCUGUUCACCUGUCCAUCCUCCAUUGUUGACUAUGAAUCAAAGCCACCACUACUACCAACAUUCCCCCACUCACUUCCUCUUUGCCUUUUUCAGCAUAUUCACUGUGACUUCCAACAGCUGCCAUUGGUCAGCAACCUGCAAACCACUGUAAAUUAACUACAACCCCCAGCUUAUGAGUCUGAUUGUCCCCAGUUUAUGAGUCUCCGAUUGUUUUUUUUUUUUUUUUUUCUUUUGCCAAUGCUGUUUUCCAGCUUAUGAGUCUGAUUGUCCCCAGCUUAUGAGUCUCCAAUUGUUUUUUUUUUUUUUGUUUGUUUUGCCAAUGCUGUUUUGACCACUGUUGAAAGGAAGUGAAAUGGAAAAGCCUUGACACCACUUGCCUUCCUUUUCGAAAAUCUAAUUUUUUCCAUGAUGCGUUUUUAUGUGCUCUCUGACGCCACUUGAUUACAUUAUUAGGGCUGGCCUGAGGAUUUCAGAAUCCACACACACAUACACAACCCCUCACACAUGCACUGUCAAUCUCCUCUGUACUAAUCAUUUAGUUUUCUAAUUCUCUAUACAAAUACGUAUAUGUACCUAUGCAUUUUUGUUAACUUAUAUUUUAUAUUGUUUACAAUUUAAUUCCAAACUGCUGUUGGAAUUUGUUUUUGAAACAGCACAGACACAACCACUUGUCAAACUAUCCAGCAGUUUUUUUUUUUGGUGUUGUUUUUUGUUUUCCUAAUUUGCUGUUUCUCAGGGCACUUUGUGAACCACUUAAUUCAGAUUUAAAGCCAUCCAUCUUAACAUUCCCAAUUUGUUUCCCCCUUCCAAUUGUGAGGAAAGUUCCUAUUGAUCAGCCACUUAAGGUGCAACUCAGUCCUCGAAACAAGCAAUUUUUAGGUACCAAUGUCAGACGUCUGAUGCAGAACUGCACAAUUAAUUGAAUUUGAAUCACGGUUGUGAGUUUUGGCAGCCAUGAUGGAAUUACCCUUAUCUUUGGCAGUUUUUAUAUUCCAAAUGCUGGCUCUGCUGCACAUCUGAUCAAGCACCUUUUUGUCAGCCAGCCUCUAGGGGGCAACCGCAUGGUUAAGGCUUUAUUAGGCUGCCUAAAUUUUAAGGAAGCGUCCCCUACUAACUAAUGGUGAGAGGGGAAAAAAAAACAAACUCUGGACUUGAUUUGACAGAUUUGGGGCAAAUGACGUCCAACAAGAUGAUUCUAAACUACUGGGGCCAGAAAGUGUCAGGCAAUUUGCACAUUUCAAACCUGUUGCAAAAGAACAAAAAUGCCAAUAUACCGUAUUUUCCGCACUGUAAGGUAGAAGACUCAUCUUCAAUUAAUGCCCUAUUUUAAAACUGUUUUCUCAAAUAGGGUGCGCCGCUUUAUAAGGCGCAGUAGUAGUUGGGGUUGCAUUAUGCAUCCACUAGAUGGUGCUGCGAUUAAAGGAGUGUCAUGCCAUGAGUAACCAAUAUUGAUCCAUAUAUAGGGUCAACCCUCCCCCCC